GCCUCGUUCAGGCAAGAUUCAAUAUUUGUGACGGAUUGACUAUUUCCUACUUUUUUUUUGCUCCUUCUCUCUUUUUUACUUUUUUCUUUUCGUUAGUAUAUAUAUAUAUAUACCCCUUGAACUUGUUCUUAUUUUACCAUGGCAAAAGAAGGCCACGGUCAAAUAGCAGCUGUCCAAGUAGCGCUUCGUAUCCGACCGUUGACGGAACGAGAUCGCGCCAAACCUCGUUUUGCUGGUCAGUCGAGCAACGACAUUUUACGAGCGCAUGACAAGACGGUGCAUGUAUUGCCGCACAAUAAAUCGUUCACGUUUGACUACGUGUUUGGACCGGACAGCCGACAGAGUGAGAUCUUUUCCGUACUGGGUCAACGCUUGAUCCAAAAAUUUGUCCAAGGCUACAAUGUGACGAUUCUCGCUUAUGGUCAAACCUCGUCUGGCAAGACUUACACCAUGGGCACCGCCCAGCACACCGGACAAUUUGACAUGGAAAAUGAAGGCAUUGUGCCUCGAGCGGUGGCGUUGCUGUUUGAAAGUCUUCAGAAUCCCCCCAGUCCUACCUCUCCUUCCUCCUCUUCCACGUCCAACAACCCCAGCUCACCCGUUCUCAAACCCCAAUCCUUACAUCCGCGUUCGCGUAUCUCUUUGCCACCGUCUUCUUCUUCAUCUUCGGGUUCCAACGGAUCAUCAUCCAAGUAUAAAUAUACCGUCAAAGUUUCCUUUGUCGAAAUCUACAACGAAGAACUUAUCGAUCUCCUGAAUCCCGCACCUCCUUCCGAGAAACCACCCGUCACAAUUCGCGAAGAUACCAAAGGCCACAUUUACUGGACAGGGGUCAAGGAACUCCUUGUCUCAAGAACGCAGAAUCGAGCGACGAGUGCUACGGAUAUGAAUGAAAAAUCAUCACGAUCACACGCUAUUUUUUCAGUGACACUAAGACAAGAACGAUGGCUGCCUGCGGGUGGAUCAUCCAUGUCACGUUCGGCCAGCCCUGUACCGCCAAGGCAGCCGAAACCGCGGCCGUUGAGCGCCGUUAAUUUCCGUCCACCGUCCAACGAGGCCCAAGGAGCCGAGGACGGCGAAUGGAUCAUCACGACCUCCAAAUUCCAUUUUGUCGAUUUAGCCGGUAGUGAACGUCUCAAACGGACGGCCGCUGAGGGCGAUCGAAGGAAGGAAGGAAUCAACAUCAAUGGAGGGCUGUUGGCGUUGGGCAAUGUGAUUUCAGCGUUGGGCGAUCCGUCCAAACGAAGUACGCACGUCCCUUAUCGCGAUUCCAAACUGACCCGCUUGCUGCAAGAUUCGUUGGGUGGGAGUGCAACCACGCUGAUGAUUGCGUGUGUAAGUCCGGCCGAACACAAUUUAUCCGAAACCAUCAACACGCUGGGAUACGCGAAUCGCGCAAGAAAUAUCAAGAAUCGUGUGGAGAAAAACGAGGCCGAGGAAUGGAUGACGACCGAUAAUGUGUCCUUGCUACGUAAUAUGAUUGAGAAGCUGAAAAAUGAAUUACGAGCGAAAUCCAGCCUUCCCCAUUUGAUCUCGAGACACGAGGAUGGCAUAGGUCCACCUACCCCUGACGGAGGUGAACUGGAGCAACUGUAUCAGAAUCAGCAGUUGAUCAUUUCGGACUUGCAACAUCAAAUUCAGGAAAUCCGCAUGGAAGCCUCGGACAUGCGCGAUCAAAAUCGAGGGCUUGAAAAAGAGGUCAACCGGUUACGCCAGUCGGGCAAGGGAGGAGCAUUGCCACCCGAUGUCGAUUUUGAGCACCUCGUGGAACCGGUGAUUGAAGAGUAUGAAAAGAGCAUGGCGUCACUGGAAUCGCAACUGCAAAUGUCAAGGGCCGCACUGUACCAUUCAGAUAUUGGUUACAAGGAACAGACGGCCAAGCUGGAACAGUGUGAAAUCGUGAUUGAACAUCAGGAACAGACCCUCAAGGAAUUGGAACAGCAACUGAGAAGGUACAAGGAUCAGGAACGACAGGCAGAAGUGUACAUUGCCGAACUCGAAGAGAAACUGACCCACACCGACAAAGAGGCCAUGCGAGAUCAGGAAAUGCUGACCGAGUUGAAAAAUCGAAUUUUGAAACUCAAGGAAACCGAUGAAAGCACCGAGAAGUAUAUUCACGAUCUGGAACAACAAUUAGCCGUGGCCAAUGCAGCCAAGGCGGCUCUGGAAAGCACCUUGGAGACAAUGAAGCAAGACGCGGCCACCACCAACAACAAGCCAAGCCCUGAAUCGCCGCCCGUGGUUGACAUGCACGCUCAUAAGCUGCUUCUGGAAGAGCUCGACAGUGUGCGCUUAGAACUAGACACCCGCAAUCAGCAGUAUGAUGCACUGAAAGCAGACAUGGAAGCACUGCAGGAAGCGUCGGCGGAAACGGGCGACAAGAAUGCAUCACUGAUUGAAGAGCUGCGAGAAGAAAUCAAACAAGCUCACUCUGAGCACAGUGAAUCGCUCAAGGAACUUGACGAAGUGUUGCUACGAUACCAGGAAGCCCAUGAUCGCGUUGUGGAACUUGAGCAACAACUCAGCGAUACACAAAAGAAAAUCGACGAUGAAAACGAAGCCUCUCAGACGGAAUCGGUGGGAUCACGAGCGGCGGUCGAUGAAACCGCCAUCGAAGUCGAAAACGCCAAAAAUGCAAAGAAUUUCGAUCGGUUAAAGCGGGAAUAUACCAUCUUGAAGCGAAAGUAUGACAAACUCAGGUCGGUGCUUCAGUUGCGCAAAGGAAUCGAUGCGGUCUCGAUUCUGGGAAUCUACGAAAAGCUGGUGAAACAGUACCAUGAGCAAACUAGCCAUUUAUCGCUCACCCUCGAGGAAAUCAAGAAGUUGCAAAGUGCGCAUCAAGAAGGCAAAGAUCCUACCGGUCAAGAUGCCCAGGUGAUAGCGCAUGUGCUUGAACUGGAUCAUCAACUACUGAAACAACGCGACAAGAUGGCCUUUGAAACGCAACAAUUCCAAAGCGAAGUGCACGCAUUACUGGCGAGAAACCGGCGGGUAGAAAUGGCCUGGGAAAGUUUGCGGCCCAAAACGGGUGCACUGUCAAUGCCACGAUUACCACGGCAACGGUCGCUUUCGGUGUCCUCCGAGUCGGAUAUGUCGCGCCACGAGGAGUUGGACGACGCGUCAUCAACGGAUGCCAGUGCAACUCAUGAUUACGAUACGAGUCUUCAAGGACUGGGCAGCCAGGAACUGGUCCAUCAAUACGAGAGCAACUUGAUGGCGCUCAAGACCAGGCUGGCUAUGGCACAACACGGACUUCGAGCGCAUCAUGCGACGAUCAAUAAACUGCAAAUGAAUUUGCAGUAUGCGCAAGACGCACUGUUACAGCAGCCGGACGUUUCUCCUACAACCAAACGCGUGACUGAAAGUGAUAUUGAUGAUCUUAUGCAACGAAUGAAUGCUAUGAAGUUGCAGUUGGACGUGGCUGAAAAUCGACCCCUAAAAAGCCCCGAAGCCAACGGUAACACCAAUCGCAACAACAGCAUUCGCGUAUGCUUAUAACCUUUAACACCUUUAACCUUGGCCACUUGUUCAUAAUGUAUUUGCAUCACAUAAUAAUAAAAAACCAGCCCCGACCUUUUGCUUAAGAGCACAUGGAUUUUUGCCCUAAUACACUUCAUCUCGGCCAAUAUUCGCGGUUGUUCCGACUGCUGGCAUGAUUUUUUAUGAGUCACACCAUAGCGUGCAGAAAACUGGAAGGAAUAUACUUGAUUCUUUUGAUAUUGUGGGAUUUUUACAUCAGAUUCUUAAGCUUAGAAUAUGGGGAAAGCCGUGAUUUUUUUUUAGGAAAUUCCAAAUAAUUAAGGGAAGAGAAACCUAUGG